AUCACUCCAGCGCAAUGCGAGCUGAUGCUCUGAGUUUCUAUUAAAUGAACACACAUCUGACUGAACUCCCUUCAGUUUCUGUGCACUGGGAUCUGUUCAGGAUGACACCUCUCCUCUGCAACGCCUGCCUCAUCUUGCCUGUUGCUUUACAUCUGCUGCUUGUUCCCAGUCCAUGCUCUGCUGCAGCCACAAAGAAGUGCGGCUCCAUCUAUAAAGGGUUUGCCCAGUGUCUGCUUGCCCUAGGAGACAGUCUGUCUGUCAGCUCCCAAAAAGACGAGGAUACGCAGGAGAUCGAUUCUAUUUGCAAAUCCUGGGAUGAUUUUCAUGACUGUGCAAAUGUGGCCAUGGCCGGCUGCCCUGAGGAGGCUGCUGUGGUGUGGGAGUCUCUGAGACAAGAGUCCAAAAAGAUGCAGUUUUCUGGAAACCUGUAUGAGAUGUGCUCCAGUCGUAGCCAAUCAGCAGCUGCCUCGGAUUCCCAAAGCCCCGAUGAGACCAAUCAGGAGUCGUUAAAGGGAUGCGCUAGUCAUACAAGCCUGACCUUUCUGACCUUCUGUUUGUCUGUGCUACUACUGUUUCCAUGGAUAUAAUCGCAUCUCAAGACUCACCUCAGCGUACAAAUAUUCAGCACAUAGACAACAAUACUGACUGGUUUGGUCCUGACAUUUUCAUGUAGUAGAAUAAGAUUCAUUUUAUGCUUCGAAUCCAGCUUUUUAGAACAAAAAGAAUGUCAUGCAACUAACACGUGUUUUCAGGUCCCAAUGCUUGCUUUUAUUAUUUAUGUAUAUCUAAAAUCAUCUUCAGAUAGCAAACUACAUUUUAAGCACACAUCUCAAUCAUAGAAGGACCAAAAUGCGCUUCAUGGUCUCCAGGCCUGAUGAGGACGAAAUAAAGACAUUUCCAAACGUUCGAACCCCUUCAUCUAAGAGGAGAUGAAAUGAAGGUCUACUGCAAUACACUGUCACAUCGGCGAGCUAUGAGUAUCAAAGCAAUUUAAAGAGCCCUAAAAAAUGUUAUUAUUUCACUCUGUGGUGUAAUCUUCUUUUGUAGGACCCUGAGAGGAUUAAGCUGAAGGAUUACACCAAAUAAAAGUAAAUCUAAGUAACGUGGCUCACCUACAGGCUUGUCAGACGUUGUUGUGUGUAGUCUGAACGCCUCUGGGUGAUGGUUUAAAAACCUAGCUUAUUAAUGACGGGUUCAUUGAUUCAGUUUAACGAACAGCACAGCAUUACGCUUUAAGGUGUUUUUGUAAGUCUGUAGCAGUAUGGAACUGCUGUUCAUUUGAUUUUGGUUGUAGUACUGUGUAUAUAUUGUAUAGUCUUACAUUAUACAUUCCUCAUAGCUACUCUUUUUUUAUUUUUUCAAAUAUGUGUAUUUGUAAUGACACAAGAUGGAUUCGCUUCAAAAAAAUCAUGAUGGUGCAGUAAUGUAAAUAUGACCGAUAUGCUGUAAAGAAAAGCUUUAUGUAUAUCAUUUAGUGCAUAAUGAACAGAUGAGGCAAAUCAGUGGAGGUGAACGCAUUAACAUCAAUGUAUUCAUACAUGACUUUGUGUGUAAACUGCUCCGCUCAGCGGAUUCCUCAGUCAGUGUGUUUUAUGUUUAAUUUUUAGGCUUAAUUGGCAAUCAACCAUGUUUGCCAAUGCAGUGAACUUAUUAAGGAGGGCAAAAGCCAUUUAUUUAGUCAGAAAAAAAACAGGGGUGGGUUGCCGCUUAUGUCUCAAAUUUCGCUUUUGUGUGGUAGACUGGCUAUCAACACAUGCUUUUCCUUGAUUCCAGAUCCAAUUCCACUAUUGUCAUAACCAGUUAAUAAUGAAGUACAAUCUAAUGAAAUAAUAUAGUAAGGGCUAAUAUGUACAAAUUUAACUGUACAUCACUCCUUGCUACAUAGAGCUCAUUAAUACCUCCCUUAUUAAUAAUAUUGAAUAAUAUAUGGAGACAGUUAUAAUUUGUUUGACAGAUGCAUUUUAUGAAUCGCAUGUAAAACAAUUGUUUUCUUUUGAUAUUAUAUAUUGCUGAUCGCACACUCAUUUGAAGCUGUGCCCUGAUCUCUACAAAAAAAAAAAAAAAAGGUCUUCUAAAAAUUGUUCAAGGUGUCUAAAAGAAUAAUUUAAAUGCUUCUUGUUCUCUGUCUGUCUGCACAAUUAUUUGCUAUACAUACCUAUAUAUUCUAUACAUUAUAUAAAUAAAACUAUUGCUGUUACAUAAAUAAAAGGUGCUGGUCAACUAGUUGAAA